UGCGUGCUAGAGCAGAUAAUAUUAAUUUAAUGAGAGACACCGUAGCAUACUGAAUAGAGUGGUUUAUAGUACUAUAAUUAAUAUAUAUAUAAAAAAAAAAACAUGGAGAAGUUUUUCGUUUUAGUGUUGAUGAAUUUAUUUUUUUAUAAAUAUACAAAUGGUCAUUUAGUAAUACCAACAGAUGGGUCUAUGUCUAAUCUCGCGUUUGAUCAGCAACUCUACGAAGAUGUUUUGGAUCCAGAGUUGUGUCAAGAGCAAAUAAAUUAUUUGCGCUUGAAUAACACUCUUCUUCUGGCAAGAUUUUUUGACGCCGGAAUUAGAACACCCAAAGGAAUUUUGGAAGGAAAUUUCCUUGAUAUGGGUAAUUACCACCAGUGUCUCGGAAUACAGGAGACUUUGCCAGAUCUGUCAAUCGACGGCAAAUACUGCACAAUCAGUGUGCCCCUUGAUCAGGAUUUAGUUUUGCCGUCUUUCCCCGAUUUGCCAGGAUUACCGGACUUCCCAGGAUGGCCAGAUAUCCCUUGGCCAGAGUUGAAUCCGGAAUUGACUCGCAUACCUAAAGAAACGCAUGACCGUGUAAAGACAUUUAGAUCUCUGCAUGCAGACGGCUUGUCUAAUCCUAGAGCACUUCUAUCAUCAGAAAAGCGUGAUGUGACACUGAAUCUAGCUAUAUGCAUACCCAAAGCAUGUACAACGCGGGAAGCGAUCGACGGGAUGCUUUUCAACACAACGGCUGUAGGCUUUCAAUAUAAAGACGAUUUUUGUCGCUUGCCCGGCGACAAACCGUGGGUGGCCGCUGAUUAUAUAGCUAUUGUCAUAUUUGGAACAAUUGCUGUCAUCACAAUUUUAAGCACAGCGUACGACAUACGCCACAAUAUUAUUCUUAAAAGAGAACCAAAGCAAAUAAACAAACUCCUGCAAUCGUUUUCCGUGUACACUAACACGCGACGUCUCGUCACGUACACGUCGGUGCCGGGGACCCUGGAGUGUCUGGACGGCAUCAGGGUGAUGGCCAUGCUGUGGGUCAUAGUGGGCCACACGUACGUCACCAAGUUCAACGAAUCACUCGCAAAUCCUCUGGACGUUUUGAAUUGGAUGACCUCGUUCAGUUCCCUUUGGAUCACGUCGGCGCCAUUCACUGUGGACACUUUCUUCAUGAUCAGCGGUCUGCUGGUCGUCUACACUACUGCUGGAAAAUUAACCAGAAUGAAUCUACUAAAGAAUCUCCAUUUUUUCUAUUUGAAUCGUUUGCUGCGAAUGUUUCCCGUACUGGCCGCGUUCGUGUUGCUCCAAGCGUCUAUACUGAACUGGAUAUCGGACGGUCCAAACUGGACCACGGUUGCCCAGAGUACGAACAGUUGCAGGGUGUUCUGGUGGUCCACUCUUCUGCACAUACAAAACUACGUCAACCCAGGUCAUAUGUGCGUCGCCCAAACCUGGUACCUGGCGGUGGACGUGCAGAUGCAUAUCCUGUCCCCCCUGGUCCUGUUCUGGGUUCUGGGCACCAGGAGAAGGGUGGCGUGGACCGCGCUGACGGUAGCUAUGAUACUGGCACUGGUCCCCGCCACUGUGUACAACGUCAUAAUGGAGUUUCCUGCGGGUCCAGUUACAAUUUCCCGUGCGAGUGAGCAAGCGUACUACAUGUUUAAUUACUACGUCAAUACUCUGACGCGCUGUUCGCCGUUCUUCGUCGGAAUGAUAUACGGGUACCUCUUGCAUCUGAACAAAGGGAGAGUCGUUAUGAUAUCUAAGUUGAGCGCAACAGUCCUGUGGCUGUGCGCUACUAUUCUAUCCACUACUGUGUUCAUGUCGUCAUAUCCAAUCCUCCAAUCCGACUGGGAUAACCAAGCUGUGGACACUACCAUCAACUCCGUGUCCCGUCCGGCCUGGGCAUUGGCUAUCGGAUGGAUGGUAUUCGCGUGUGUGCACGGCUACGGUGGUCCGAUAAACUGGUACCUGUCUCUGAAAAUGUGGAAGUUCCCGAGCCGGCUCUCGUACGCGAUGUACAUCGUCCACUACAGCCUCAUGUUCGUCGUCAACUCGACCGCCAUCACGCCAUACCACUUCACCGUAAUGGGCACGAUGUACCGUUUUUUCGGUGAUUUAGGUCUGACGUUGGUGUUAUCGUUCGUUUUGACGGUGACGGUGGACUCUCCCUGCAGUACACUCAUCAAACAUUUCCUAGGCAAUGGUCCUAAAAGGCAACAAGUCAAGCCCUCAAUUGAAGAGGAGAAAGAAGGUGAAUUUACCGGAAGAAUUAAUCAUGCAUACAUUAGUGAUGAAACAAAAAGUAAAUUGUAGUCGAUAA